AUAAGCCGGGUUCUCUGUCCCUGCCAUAGUAAACACACAAAAAGCAUGGUGCAUAGACCACCGCUGUGGGAACAAACAAGGGGAGGGUCACAUGUGAGACCAGAACGACUGCAGCCCUCCAGACUAUUCUAGGUAACUGGAAUGUACACAGCGACCUCAUGGCAAACUCCAAACUUGAGACCUCGUGUCUUUCUCCACAUAACUUUGGACUGUGCCGUCUUUUAAAGACAAUCUUGGGAGAAAUGUAUUUGCUUUUUUUCCUGCUGAACUGUGUCUGAUUCUCGUUAAACGUGAGUGUAAAGAACAAACAGCAUGGCUAGUAUAUCAACAGAGGUCUUUCCAUUCAAGGACCAAGAACUCCCCACGCAGCUCCUGUUUCAGCUGAACCUACUAAGACAGGAGCAGAUUUUCACUGAUGUGAUCUUGUGCACAGAAGAUAAGGAGAUACCAUGUCACAGAAACGUCUUAGUUUCCAGCAGCCCGUACUUCAGAGCCAUGUUCUGCAGCAACUUUCGGGAGAGCAGCCAAGCCAGAGUGGACCUGAAAGGGAUUGCAUCAGAAGUCAUUGAAUGUGUCGUGGAUUACAUUUAUACUGGUUCCAUCACCAUAACCAUGGAGCUUGUGCUGCCUCUAAUGCAGGCGGCCUCCAUGCUGCAGUAUGGGAGGCUCUUUGAGGCUUGCUCAACUUUCCUGCAGGAGCAGCUUAAUCCAGAAAACUGCUUGAGCAUGAUCCGGCUCUCAGAGAUCCUUCAUUGCGAAACCCUCAAGGAGAGAGCCAAAGAAAUGGCUGUGCGCUGUUUCUCAGAUGUAGCUGCUUCUGAGGACUUCUGCGAACUUACCCUUCCCGAGCUAAUGUGCUACCUAGAGGACGACCGACUGUGCGCUGAGGAAGAACAGGUUUUUGAGACAUUGCUUGCUUGGAUCCACCAUGACCCCUUCUCGCGCCGAGGAGCUAUUCAUGACCUCUUCAAGAAGGUCCGAUUGAGGUACAUCCAUCCAACAUACCUCUUCCAGUUUAUCGCCAAUGAUCCACUUGUCCAGUCAUCUACGCUCUGCACCGAGAUCAUAGAGUCUGUCCGACGUCUUAUGUUUUCAGUUAGUGCCAAAUGUACUAAAGAACUGAAGCCUCUAUGGACCACACCACGUCGCUAUACAUGCAGAGAGACUCUAGUGGUGGUUGGAGGUCGCAAGAACAACGAACAGACUUCUCGAGAGGCACUUCUCUAUGACGAACGAACUCAAAGGUGGCAGUGGCUUGCUAAGCUACCUUUGAGACUUUACAAGGCGGCAUAUGUUUGUAUUCACAGCAUUCUGUAUGUGGUGGGGGGCCUCAGUCUUAGUUUGAUAUCUGGAGAUAGUGCAGUUAGUGCCACAGUGUAUACCCUCUCAUUGAAGACCAACCAAUGGAGGACUGCAGAACCAAUGCUGGAGCCACGGUAUGCCCAUCAGUGUGUCUCCUACCUUCACUUUAUCUUUGCUCUUGGUGGAAUCGGGCAAGAUAAGCAGAUCUCAAAUACAGUGGAGCGCUACAACAGCAUGUUCAACCAAUGGGAGGUAAUGGCAGCAAUGCCCACAGCAGUCUUACAUCCUGCGGUCGCAGCCAAUGAUCAGAGGAUUUAUGUAUUUGGUGGCGAAGAUGCCUUGCAGAAUCCAGUGAGAUUAAUACAGGUUUAUCACAUUUCCCGCAACUUGUGGUCUAGAUUGGAAACUAGGACGGUGAAGAAUGUCUGUGCACCUGCUGCAGUGAUAGAAGACAAGAUUUAUAUUGUUGGCGGAUAUACAAGAAGAGUGAUCGCCUAUGACACCAAAGCAAACAAAUUUGUGAAGUGCACGAACAUGAAGGAGAGACGGAUGCAUCACGCAGCUACAGUCAUCAACAACAAACUCUACGUGACCGGAGGUCGUUUUCUCAACAGUCAUGAUGUCAUUGAAGACUCUGACUGCUUUGAGUGCUAUGACCCUAAAACCGACGUGUGGACUUCCAAAGGGUCUCUACCAUAUAAACUGUUUGAUCACGGUUCUCUACCACUGAUCUGCAUCUCCAACCGCCCCAACCCACCAUGACUGCUUAGCGGAUGCAAAAAAAUCUCUUGCUUGGGUGUUCCAUUUGCUCCCUUGCUCAUUAAGGAAAAUGAGAAAUAUGGGGCCACAGCUGAGACUUGAAACCAUCUGAGGAAGCUCAAAUUCAUUUGUGGGUUGAGUACAUUUCAUCUGUGGCUUUGAUGGUAUGCUGUUGGUGCUCGCCAGCAUCUGUGCCAUCUUAAAUCAAACGAGAUUUGAGCUGGCAAUCACAAGUGUCACAGUGGACCUCAGGGAUUGUGCCUAGGACCUCAGAGCAAAACGGCACAGUUAUGCAAUGCACAGCUGUCCCUGCAGAACUGUGACCCAAAAAUCUUCAGACAGAUGUUUCUCAUCAUGGUCUCCCUCUCUCAGAAUGACUUGAGCUGACAGAUUUUAGUCAAUGGCUUCUUGUUAGCCUGAAUUUAAUUGGAAUCCAGGAGAUGUGACGAUCUUUUAGCCGGUGUUAAAUCUACAAGCAUAUGGACAUGACGUGACUGUUUGAUGAAGUAAUUGGUCAAGUGAAGAGAGCAUUCCCGGAGAGCUAUGGCAUGUGGUCACUUCUAUGUAAUUAACGAAGGCCAAAAACAAACCUAAUGAAUCAUGAAAUGCUUGAUGUACCAUGUACUCUAAAAGUAUGUGGACACCUGCUUCUAAUUAACAGGCUUUACUAUUACAUUAGGAACAGAUGCAUAAAAUCAGCUGUUUCAGAUAGAAUGCAUUCGGGGCUGGAACACAUAAGUUAACAAUAGUUACGUUCAUCCAAGGAUGAUCAAUGGGAUCUUGUUUUACCUACAGCAAAAUCGUGGUUAAGAACCACAGCACUACCAAAUUUCAACAGUUUUGCAACUUUUUUUUUAACAAUUUGAGAUAAACUGUUAAAGACAAGCCUGUUGUGAGCUCUGUGGUUGUACAUUGAUUGUAUAUGCUUAUGCUGAAAUAAUCUAUUUUCAUUAAAUAAACAUAUUUUUAAAACAGUCA